CAGGCAGACUCUGCAUUAGACAAACUGAACUGUUUAGAAACGAACCAAGCAAGUUGAAAACAGUUCAGACUAUCUUGCAAGGGUGAGAGAGAGAGAGAGAAAGAGGAAAAAGAGAAAAAAAAACUUUCCAAGCAUCAAGAGCUUUUCAGCCAUAUGUGUGUAAAAAAUUUCUUUCCAAAUCACGUGACAUGAGGAAGAGGCUCAAAUCCAUUACGCAAUAAUGAAAAUAUGCCGUUGGCAAAGUUAAGCCAAAACCUGAAGUGCUGCAGGAAGCUGGGAAUACAAGGAAAAAAGAAUCAAACUUAAAAAAAGUUGGAGAACUUUAAAUUUCAGGCUAUCUCAGAAGGAAGCUGUUUGCAACAAUAACUGGGAUUCUGGCUACACUGUGUGACAGUGAUUUGCAGUGGAACAUCUGCUUAAGAUUCAGUAGGUUUUCCAGUGCAUGUCAAGAUCUAACUGAAGAGAUUAGUCCUGACUGCACCAUGAUCUCUGUGGUUCUUCUCAUCUGGACCAUGCCCUGUGUAGCUAAUCACAUUCUCAGUGGCUUUGUUAAAGGAGAAUUUCAGGAAGGUUCCAAACAGCUCCUGUGCAGCAUGCCAGGACCGCAGGGACCUCCAGGCAUCCCUGGAGCACCAGGAUCUACAGGAACAGUUGGGCGAAUGGGAUUCCCAGGAAAAGAUGGAAAGGAUGGAAAAGAUGGGGAAAAAGGAGAGACAGGAGAUGAAGGACCACAGGGCCGAACAGGGAACCCAGGCAAACCAGGAGCAAAGGGCAAAGCAGGAGGCAUUGGCAAAGCAGGUCUGCGAGGUCCAAAGGGUCUGAAGGGAAAUCCUGGGAAAAAUGGAGCCCCAGGGAAGAAAGGACCCAAAGGGAACAAGGGUGAUACUGGAAUGCCAGGUCCUUGCAGCUGUGGUGCUAAUAAAGCCAAAUCUGCUUUUUCUGUCGCAGUCACAAAAAGCUACCCAAGAGAGAGGCUACCCAUCAAAUUUGACAGGAUCAUCAUGAAUGAAGGAGGGCAUUAUAAUGCUUCCAGUGGGAAAUUUAUAUGCAGCAUUCCCGGUAUUUACUACUUUACUUAUGACAUCACUUUGGCCAAUAAACACUUGGCCAUUGGGUUGGUUCACAAUGGACAGUACCGAAUAAAGACCUUUGAUGCCAACACGGGUAAUCAUGAUGUUGCCUCUGGUUCAACCAUUCUCUCCCUGAAGCAGGAGGAUGAGGUGUGGUUGCAGAUCUUCUACUCAGAACAAAACGGACUCUUUUAUGAUCCAUACUGGACAGACAGCUUAUUUACCGGCUUUCUGAUAUACCCUGACCAGGAUUAUCUCAAUGAAAUAUAGGAGAAGACUGUAAAAAGAAGUAGAAAAUGAGUUUUGAGAGCUGAUACCAGUGAAGAAUGGCCUCUAGGUGUGCAUGUGUUAGAUCACUGUAGGACUUGGCAUUCUCAGAGCUGUUAGGCUGUAUUCGCUUUUUGGAUGUCUGCUCUCCCUCAUUAUCAAACAUUGCACCCCAUAAUAGAAUUCAUGGGAAGAACGUUACUUUAGCCUUCUUCUGGUUUUUAAGUCCUUUGGAAUUGUCAGCUACAUUUUCUACUGCCAAGCAAAUAUGCUGUAGCCCUCAAUCACUGCAACUUUAACGCCAUGGCAGAAUCCUGUUUUGUUUUUGUUUUUUUAUAAAACCAAAUAUAUACAUUGAGAGCCAAAAAUUAAUCUCCUGCAGCCUGCUCCCAAAAAUCUGUUAAAGACUUUGUCUAUUCCCCUUCCUAAAAGGAGUCUUUAGUAAUGCAAAGUUCAGGUUAAAUAACCACUACAACAUCAGGAAAUUCCCAGCCAAGAUGCUGACAGACAGCUAUAAUUCUCAACUUCUUAAGAGCACUGUUACAGAGCAAAGCAAUGUGACCAAACUAGGAACCAGUACAAAGCAAAGAUAUCCUCCUGUUUCCUUGGUAGUCAAUGGUAAAACUUCCUGUUAAAUGCAAACUGCUCUCAAGUCCCAGUUAAUGGGUAUUGAUAUACUCAGUACCUAGCAGAAUGGGUCCAGGAUGCAUAAACUCGGGCCUUGGGGAGUGGCCAAACCUGAAGCCCUAAGUCUAGUUCCACCCAAACCCUAGUAAAGCUGGGAUCUGAAUCUAUAGGCCAUGGUUACCUUUGCCAAACACGCAGUGAGGCUCCAAUCCAAAUCUGCAUCUGAACUUUGAAGUAUGCUUGCAUCCUUCAGAUUGAACAUAAGCCUUUAUUCCCGGAACAACUUUUAUUAAUUUAUCUCCCUGGCUUUUGUUGGUUGGAUACGUAUGGUACUGCUGAGGCUCUGUUCUAAGGCUUCAACAACUACUCACUUAUCCAGGAUGUAAAUGGUGUCACCAAAUACUACAAGAUCACAUUUAUUUUCAGUUUACUGUGCUAAAUAUUAGUGAUGUUCCAGAAUCAAGCACCUUUCAUUCUCCACUAGGUGAGGAAAAAGACAAUAGUUACUUAUAACAGAUUAUUUUUUUAGCAUUGCUCCUUCACUUAUAAGCAUUUUGGCUGUUUAUAACAGCACAAAGUUAUGGCUCUCUUAUGGUAACAGUACUGUAGUUGAGAUGAAAGCUCCCCUGAUAUAAAACUGCUGCAAUCUGACUGUUAGCUCCAGGAAUUUGUAACCUCCAUUUUAUUAUUAUGAAAUGCUUAUUAUAACACAGAUCUCAGUUUGGCAGCCAGAUAAGUGAAGCUUCUCUUUUCCAAUAAAUUAUGGGCCAUAUUCUUCCCCUGAUAUGUGCACCUUUGGCUCUCACAGUCACAGUUCUGUGAUCUUCUUUAUUCUAUUGCUCUAAAUGAAAAUUCAUAUGAAGUUUCAGCCCUUUUAAGCCUCAUAUUUAUACCUUGAGGGGAAAGACCACAAGAGCAACAAGGGAUUUUUUAAAUUGUACUUUUACAAGUCCAAAUAUUUGCAUGGUUUUUGUUAACUAUAGUACUGUGCUGCAUUUUGUUAAAAUCAUUGAGCUGCUGUUUUUAAAAUAAGUAAAUAAAUAAAUAAAGCUGAAUUAAAACAUU